AUGUCCCUCGCGCGGCCACUCCUGCGCUCGGGCGUGUCGCGCACCGUCGGCACGGUCGCCGCCUCGCGCGCGUCCAGCAGCAAGGCGCCUGCCCAGCAGAACGCGUCUUCGUCGGCGUCGCCUGCCGCUCCCGUCCCCGAAGGCCAGGCGAGCCUCUUCCACACCAUCCUCCCCUCGGUCGAUGUCCCGCGCUCGUCCAAGUUCCCCAACCCCUUCCCCGACAUGCCCACGCACUCGCUCUUCAACGUGGGCCGCACCAUCUUCAAGCCCCUCCCCUUGGCCGACCGUCCCAAGCUCAUGGGCGCCAACCACCGUGACGAGAUGCAGCAGCGCAUCGCGGACGUGACGGGCCGCUCGACCCGAGAUGUCUCCAAGCUCAUGCGUUUCCCCGUCAUCAAGGGACGUGUGGUCAACAUGACCAAGAAGGGAAAGAUGGCCUCGCAGUACGUCCUUAUGGUUGCCGGUGACCCCGAGAAGGGUCUCGUCGGCGUCGGCCGCGGUCGCCACGAGCUGGCCCCCGUCGCCGGUGACACUGCGUUCCGCCGCGCCGUCCUCGCCAUGGACUAUGUGGCCAAGUUUGAGAACCGUACGCUGUUCGGCCACGGGGCCGACCUCAAGGCCAAGUUUGGCGCCACGACCGUCAUCAUGCGUGCGCGCCCGCCCGGAUUCGGCCUCCAGGUGCCCCACGUCCUCCACCGUCUGCUCUCGGCGUGCGGUAUCCGCGAUGCGUCGGCGACGAUCGAGGGAAGCCGUCACCCCGGUAACGUCCUUGCUGCGGGUCUGCAGAUCCUCCACGGUGGCUUCGGUCCCGCCGGCUUUGGCUCGGGUACCGGUAAGCCCGGUCGCAAGCAGGACAAGGGCGCUGGUAUGCGCACUAUCCGCGACAUUGAGCUCGAGCGCGGUCGCUACGGUGUCGACCUCGGCAAGAGGUUGUAG